AUGUCUGUUCUUAUCAAUGGUAGUACUUCUAAGGAUUUCAAGGUUGAGAAAGGUUUUCGUCAAGGAGACCCGUUAUCUCUUUUCCUUUUUGUCUUAGUCAUGGAGGUACUCACGGCUUUAAUGCGGAAGGCGAAAAGCAUAGGUGAGUUCCGCGGGUUUAAAAUCAAUGAUAAUGAGGAGGUUGACACGCUUCAAUUUGCGGAUGACACAAUCAUUAUAUCGGAGGGAGACACCGCAAACUUAUGGAAUGCGGCGUCUUCUUUCCUUUCUUGCAAAGUGGGAAAUUUUCCGUUCAAGUUUCUUGGUGUUAAAGUGGGCGGCAACCAUAUGAAUCUUUCAAUGUGGAAAGAUUUGAUAUCCAUGUUGAGGAAGAGGUUGGCCGAGUGGAGAGGUACGAAUCUUAACAUAGCGGGUCGUGUGGUCUUGAUUAAUUCGGUUCUUAAUGCUAUCCCUAUUUAUUUGUUAUCCUUCUAUAAGGCGCCGGUGAAGUGGAGAAAUUUAUCGGAAGAUGAAGCGGUGUGGCAAGGCAUCCUUGAGGCUAGAUAUGGAAACUUGAAAGUAAAAGUCUUAAUUGGGGACUCUUCACUCGUGGGGAAGAAAGACUCUAUUUGGUGGAGAGACAUUUUGAUUUCCGAUAAUUACGCCUUUUUGCAUGAGAAUCACUUUGCGGGGGCUGUUGAAUGUCAUGUCGGAAAUGGGGAAAACAUAUCAUUUUGGUAUGCAACCUGGACGAGCCAGCAACAGCUAAAGGAGGCAUUUCCAGAACUUUUCCAGGCCACUCAUAAUCAUAUGCGGUCGGUGGCGGAAGUUGGGUCGUACACGGUGGACGGAUGGAAGUGGGAUGUUCAGAAAUUGGUUCACAAUGACAGUGCUGUAUCGAGUUAUUUGCUGCAAUAA